AUGGCGUCGGACAGACUGAUUCUGGGUCAAGUUGGAUCUUUGUUUAAUGAUCAGUUGACAAGCGAUAUACAGUUCAAUUGUACCAAUGAUUUGUCAAGCAAGUCCGUAUUGUUCUUUGUACAUAAAAAUAUUCUUGCGGCUGGCAGUGAUGUGUUUCGUACAAUGUUUUACGGAAAGCUACCGCAAAAAAAUCCAGUUGAUUUACCCGACGCAGACGAGGAGAGUCUGCACGAUUUUCUGCUGUUUUUUUACACAGGCAAGUGUAGUUUAACUACAGAAAAUGUCGUAUGUAUAUUAUACUUAGCGAGGAAAUAUAUUGUACCUUUUCUCGCUAAGAAAUGUUUUGAUUACCUCGACGCCAACUUCAAACUGGAGAAUGUUUUCGUACUUUUACAGUUAGCCUUUCAUUUUGAAGGAAAUGAACUUGAAAAAAAAUGCUGGCAGUUCAUAGAUAAGAAUACUAAGGAAGCUAUCGCUACCGAAGGAUUUUCUGAGAUUAAUCAAGCAACAUUACUACAGUUAGUGAAACGAGAACCGUUAAACAUUGAUGAAGUUACUCUCUACAAAGCAAUUGUUAAUUGGAGUGAGGCAGAGUGCCUACGAAAAGAAAUGAAAGUAAAUGAUAAAAAUAAACGGGAUGUCAUGGGUAACAUAAUCUACCACAUUCGUUUUGCUUCGAUGAGCCAUAGUGAGUUCACUUUGAAUGUUUCGGAGGAAUCGGCAAUACUUACACAAGCCGAAAAGAUUUUCUUCCAUGAUCAUUUCGGUGGAGCAAAUAAAAAAUCAAAAGUGUGGAAUAUGUCGCGAAGAGACAAAGAGAGAGACUUGUUAUGUAGAUGGGGUCAUGUGGCAGCUUUAAGAAGGUUAGUUGUGAUUGGCUGAAUGGUAUUUGUUCUAUUUUUGUAAGGUUUACAGCUGACAGUUAAAGCAGUGAAGAAUGUGGUAUCUUACUCUACUCAAGGGGUAGAGCUAUCCAGUAUAAAUAAAGUUAGUUUAAUUAAGACUUAAUCAAUAAGAGAUGAUGCUUACAGGACCUCUAAGAAAAACAAUUUAGAACUGAUAGAACUAUCCAGUAUAAAAGAAGUUAGUUUAGUUUAGGUUUCUUUCUGGAGUAAAACUGGACAAAAAUAGAUGAUCUUCACUGGACAUCUACGAAGAACAGUUUAGAACUGAUAUAGCCUGCUCACAGACACCAAGCGAUGAAAUACUACCAUCUGCUUACCCGAGCGCCAAACUGAAUUCUGUUACGUCGACCAAUCAGAAUUUACCUUCUAAAUUCUGGAAAUUAAGUGACGUCAGUUGAUUUAGGAGCGGAAUAAAUAUAAAUAUAUAUUUUGAAAGCAGUCAUCGGUUGAAUUUUGGUCAAAAUUGCACAUACAUUGAAUUUAAAGAUACUGAUACUUGUCCAGGUAAUAAAAUGCACCAUUAAUGAUCAGAUUUGGAUAUUAAAGAUGUUCGGUUAUAUUUAAAACAUGGACAGGAUUGGCAUAUUUAUACUGUAUGAAUCUUAGCCAGACAACAUCAAAUGCUGAAUAUAUUUCGCUGAAAUUUUAACGGUUUAUCUAUACAACAGAACUCGGAAGACAGAAAAUUUUAUAUAGUACUGUGGCUUAGAAAGCGAAAUAUUAGCUUCAAAGUAAACUAAUUUGCUGUUUGAGCAACCACUUCUGAAUGUAAACUGUAAACACAACACAAACCCGAGAAACUUGUAUUAAAAUUGCGGCGUGAUGAAUUUUCCAAUUUGCCCAAACUUCGAAACGUUUAUACUCUAACUUGGCUAUACUUUUCUACAUGACAAUGAGAGCUUAAUCUUUUAGAAGUUUUCGUCGAAGUCAUGGCAUAUAGGAAGUAUCAAGAACAACAAUCCUGAUAUACUCGAGUUUCCCGAUUGAUUGUUUGUCAUUGUUAACAAAAAUUUUAAUUUCGCCUACUGCAUUGCUUUAGCACUUCAUAUACACCGAUUGUUUGCUGAACAUGCGAGAAGAUGAUCACAAUAUUAUUCUACGUAAACAUCGUGAAGUUCAACGCUAUAGUUUCCAAAAUAUAUCCACGCAAGUAAACAAGUUUCAACCCAAACAAUAUAUUCCUAUGCAUGUGCAAGGGCUUUCCCCAGUAGCUAAUCUCUCAAUGAGCGGCUUCCAAUUGGCUCUAACUUUUUUGAACACUGCCAGAUGAUUGGCUCCUAAAACAAAGGGAAUUGAAUAUGCAGCUCGGGUAAGCAGACGUUUAUAGUAUUUCGUCGCUUGGCGUAAGAACUACAACGUCUGUGAGCAGGCUAGAACUGAUAGAGCUAUCCAGUAUAAAUAAAGUUAGUUUAGUUUACGUUUUCUCCUGUAGUAACACUGGAUCAAUAAGAGAUGAUCCUUACUGGACCUCUAGGAAGAACAGUUUAGAACUGAUUGAACUAUCCAGUAUAAAUAAAGUUAGUUUAGUUUAGGUUUCCUGCUGUAGUAACACUGGAUCAAUAAGAGAUGGUCCUUACUGGACCUCUAGGGAGAACAGUUUAGAACUGGUAGAGGUAUUCAAUAUAGAUAAAGUUAGUUUAGUUUAGGUUUCCUCCUGGAAUAUCACUGGAUCAAUAAGAGAUGAUUCUUACUGGACCUCUUGGGAGAACAGUUUAGAAGUGAUAAAGCUAUCCAGUAUAAAUAAAGUUAGUUUAGUUCAUUAGUUUUAUGUAAAUGAUAAUGUUAUCGCAUGAUUUCAGAACAAUGUGGUUCUUGCUCGGCGUUCAGUACUAGAGGAUCUUUAGAGGGGCAGCAUUUUAAUUAAGAAAACAGGAAAGUUGGUUUCACCCAGUGAACAAAAUCUUGUCGACUGUUCUAGAAGCUAUGGCAACCAUGGGCGUACGGGAAGGAAAAAAUUGCUUGUUUUAAAAAUUUGUUUUAUUAACAACAACAACAGUACAAGCAAACGAACAAGAAAAACAACAUGCAAGCAACCCCCAAAUCAACAAAUAAAAAGAAAUUUAAAAUAUUAGAUGUAAUUAUAGAACACUAAGUUCAGUUUGCGAUGUUUCUUAAUGCCGACAACAGAUACCAGAAAUACAGAACUUUGUUGAAUUUCUUUUUUGAGUGUAUAUCCACACCGUGCAGUCUGAAAAGUUGGUACCACGGUGGGAAAAGAACACGCGACCUUUUGGAUACCAGUCCAAUGCUCUGCCAACUGAGCUGCAUGCGAGGUCAAGUCGGUUCGAGUGUGUGGUAUUUCGGAACUAAGUCUAGAACCUUCGAUACCAAUGUGUUCUUAUGAUCAUGAUAUUUUGUGUGUGUGUUUUGAUGUUAUGUUAAAUAUUUCCCAGGUCACACAGACAUCCAGAAAGGUUCCGAGUCUCAGCUUCAAGAUGCGACAGCAGUGGCCAUUGA